UUGUUAUAGUGUUUCUUGCAGAAAAUGGUGAUAAAGCUCCUUGCCAGUACCACCAAGCUUGAUUUAAACAUAAACUAUUAUUGUUAACGUUGCGUUAUUGAUUACUUGAUAAUAGUGCGGUUCGGGAUUGAUUAGGGAAUUAACCAGGGCUUUUUAGUAUGAAUUGAUCUAAGAUCCCUCUACUAUGGUCCAUCAUCGCUCUGCAGUUAUUCUGGUGAUAACUGCGGUGCUUCUUGGACAAAUCCAGUCAAGUCCAAUACUACGGAAUGAUGACAGAGGAACAGCCAUAGUCCAGUCCUGUCCCAGCCCCAUUUACUGUCAAGGAAAACUCCUAGAAGUAGUCCAAACUGCACACAUAUUUAAUGAUUCUAAAACCUUUGUCGAUAUGAGUCAGGUGUAUCCUGCUGAGGUUACUUUAAAGAAUUUUUGGGAUAUGAUGAACUCCAAGAAUGGCACCCCCUCCCGUGAUGACGUCAGACAAUUUGUUGGAAACAAUUUUGUUCGAGAAAAUGAAACGGUUAGUUGGACUCCAACGGAUUUCACUGAUAGCCCUUUGAUAUUAAACUUCAUCACAGAUGAACAAAUUCGAACUUUUGCCAAAGAUCUCAUAAAUAUCUGGCCCAUUUUAGGGCGAAAAACUAGCGAGGAGGUUAUUAAUAACCCUGACCAGCACUCACUGCUAGAGGUACCAAAUGGAUUUAUAGUACCUGGAGGGAGAUUUAGGGAACUUUACUACUGGGACUCCUUCUGGAUAAUGAAAGGACUUUUACUAAGCGAUAUGUACUUAACAGUGAAAGGUAUGCUAGGCAACAUAUGCCACCUAAUUAACAAAUACGGAUUUAUGCCCAAUGGAGGUCGAGUGUACUACCUCAACCGUUCUCAACCACCACUAUUCACCCUGAUGAUUCAGCAAUACCUGAAAUAUACCGAAGACUACGACUGGAUUAAGGAUAAUAUUCAAUGUGUCCAGAAGGAAAUGGACUUCUGGUUAAAGAAUCGGACUAUAAAUGUAGUCAAGGAUGGGACUACGUAUCAGUUAGCGCAUUAUGGGCCUGAAAGUAACACUCCUAGGCCAGAGUCUUAUGAAAAGGACUUAAAGACUUGUAGUUUCUAUGGGCAGGAUGAACAAAAAAAACUAUGUUAUAAAUCACUAAAAUCUGGAGCUGAAACUGGAUGGGACUUUUCUAGUCGAUGGUUUUUUGACCAAACUGAAGGAAAUAACGCCAACCUAUCAUACAUAAGGGCGCAGAGAGUCGUCCCUGUUGAUCUAAAUUCCUUCUUAUGCACGGCUUUUGGUGACUUGGCGGAGUUUUAUGGCAUUUUAGGGGACAUCGUUAACCAGAAAACUUGGCAAGAACGAAGCGAUGUUUGGAAACAUGCCAUAGAAAUGGUGUUUUACGAUAGUGAGGAGGGUAUUUGGUUCGAUUGGGAUUCAGAACUACACGUUGCACGACGGUUUUUCUUCCCAAGUAACUUUGCUCCUCUAUGGGCGAAGGCGUAUGAUGAAAACAAAAAAGACGAUUAUGGUCUGAAAGCUGCUGAUUAUUUCUUGCGAAAGGGCAUUGACCAAUUUUUGGGGGGAAUCCCCACGUCCCUGGAACAAACUGGGGAACAGUGGGACUUUAGGAACGCGUGGCCCCCCUUACAAGAGUUUGUAGUGCUGGGACUUUUGCAAACCGGAAAUAGUAAUGCGACAGAUGUUGCCAUUACUUUUGGAAAACGGUGGGUAUUGGCAAAUAUGAAAGGAUACGACGAGAACAAAAUUAUGUUUGAGAAGUAUGAUGCUCUGGACCCCGGCAAGUUUGGAGGAGGUGGCGAAUAUGUGGUGCAAUCUGGCUUUGGCUGGACAAACGGAGUAGCUUUAUCAUUUAUAGACUUAUUUUACACUAAUAAAUAACUUAUUUUAUG